UAUCUUCUUCUUCUUCUUCUUCCUUUUUUGUGGGGAGCGUAACUGGGUCGUAUCUGUUAUCAUCAGAGUUUUUCCUAUAUUUCCUUAAGAAAACCACAUGCUCUAAUACUCUAGCUUCAGGAUGUUAGUUAGAGCAAAAGUUGUGGUACUGUUCGGCCUCAUGGCCCUUGCUUCGCUUCCUGAUGCUUGUAUUGCUGAUAUUUGCGCCCCUUCUUCUUGUGGAAACCUUAGUAUACGUUACCCUCUCCGAUUACCCAGUGAUCCCAAGGAGUGUGGUAUAUCAUGGAUGAACUUGUUUGCAAGAACAACCGCACCACUUUGCCCCCCGAACCUAGUACAUACCGAAAUUUCUCCGUGGAGGGAAUCUCUUAUAAGAAUACCACACUACGACUGGUGGAUCCCAGUCUCGAUAGGAAUAAGUGUUCUAUUCCCUACUACCUUCUUCUUAAAUUUCCAUGUCGGUUGUCUUCGCCUGAUCAUUUUAGCUCUAUAACUGAUAAUAACAUCAUGUAUGUUCUAGAUUGCUUUAUGCCGAUGAGCUCACCACUCUACGUGGAUGCCUCUAGUUGCACCAAUAGCUCUUCCUCUGCAUACACCUACUUUUUUCUUUUCAAUGAUAGCCAAACAAAGCUUUCGGAUUUCAAUGAAUCAUGCAGAAUUGAAGCUCAGUUUCCAGUCAAGCUAUCCAAUAUCUCAGGCCUCUCUGCUUCUGAUAUUUACCUUCAAAUGCUUAAGGGCUUUGAACUAAAAUGGAAUUGGUUCGACUACAAUCAAGGGUGUGGUAGUAAACUUAAAUGGAGGGAGAUUCUUGGACAGAGGAAGUACGCUGUGGGAGAUGCGCUCUACAAUUUUGUGCAUUUAAUUCAAGGUGACAUUUAUUAUUUUUACAAUAAAGGUCUUGAUGACAUAUUUCUCGAAGCAGCAGGUGGACUUAUUUUGGCAAGAGCUUUGCUGGGGCUAUCCAUGUUGAUUACAAUUAUUUUGUACAAGUUCCGCAAGAGACAUUUGUCUGCAGAUGAUACAAUUGAAAAGUUCCUUCAAAAACAGAACAAUUUCAUGCCUAUUAAGUACUCAUAUUCUGAAAUAAAGAAAAUGACUAGAGGUUUUAAGGACAAAUUAGGUGAAGGAGGUUAUGGUUUGGUUUUCAAAGGAAAGCUUCAAAGUGGCAAUUUAGUGGCAGUAAAAUUAUUGAGCAAAUCAAAAGCUAAUGGCCAAGAUUUCAUCAAUGAAGUUGCUACCAUUGGAAGAGUUCAUCAUGUUAAUGUGUUGCUACUGAUCGGAUUUUGCGUGGAGGGAUCUAAACAAGCUCUUGUGUAUGAUUUCAUGCCAAAUGGAUCCUUGGAUAAAAUCAUAUUUUCCAACGAAAAUAGCACAUCUUUAACUUGGCAAAGAACUUUAGGAAUGUUGUUGAUGGAAAUGGUCGAGAAUGUAGAGUUAGGAGAUGUUACAGAUAAUGAAAAGAAUCUGGUGAGGAAGAUGGUCAUAGCUGCCUUCUGGUGCACACAAAUGAAACCUGCUAUUCACCCUUCAAUAAGAAAAGUCUUGGAGAUGCUUGAAAGUGAAUUUGAGGUCCUCGAAAUGCCACCCAAGCCUUGUUUAGUUCCUUCUGAAUUGCCGAUUGCAUUCGCUAGCAAUAAAAGUCCUGCAGUGAUGCUAGAACUUAAUGGUCUACUCCCAAUGCAUUGUAGAUCAAUGCUUAGUCAAGGCAAGUGUUGCAUACCUUCCCAUAUCAUGCAUUGUUUGAUUCAGUAAAUGGUCAGUUUACAAUUUAAUUUCUUGGAGUGAAAUGUGUCGAAUUAUUUUUAAAUAAUUGUUUGAAACAAGGCGAUGAAAUAUUAUACUCUGAUUUAUGUACUUGCUUCCCCUUUUUUUUUUGGGUAGUGAGGGUGAGGCUAAAGCGUAUGUACCUGCAUAAUUGACAAAACAGAGGUGUUGUUAGUCUUGUUGAAUUGCUCCCUUUACGUAAUGUAACUCUUGUUAGUGGAAAUGAAUUACCAAAAGCUUG